CUUAGAGGACCAAGGAAGAAAAGCAUCAGUUUUUGUAAGCAAUCAAAUUAAAAAUCCUUGCUUUCUCCCCCUUCUCUUUUCCUUGUCUUCAAAAAUACACAUAGCAGUUCUACCCAGCUGAACCAUCAUAACUCAUAUUUUGCUGUUUUUCUUCCCUUUCUGCUGCAUAUAUGAUUCGAGUGAAUCGCACCCACCAUCGAAGAGUAGCCAUAAAUUAAUCGUAUUGGUGUUAUCCUUGUCGUUUUAGCUGAAAGAAUGGAAUCGAGUAGCAUUGAUAGCAAUGUAUUAUCGUUGACUAUGAUGGAAGUGGAUGAGCAUCCCCAUCAGUUUUCUUCAAACUCGAAGCCACAUAACAAUGGUCCCACCACUACCAGUGUCCAUGACCUUCUUGAAUGCCCAGUUUGCACCAAUUCAAUGUACCCUCCUAUCCAUCAGUGCCACAAUGGGCAUACCCUUUGUUCAACUUGUAAGACAAGGGUCCACAACCGAUGCCCAACCUGCAGGCAGGAACUCGGUGAUAUAAGGUGUCUGGCAUUGGAGAAGAUAGCAGAAUCACUUGAACUGCCUUGCAGAUACAUCUCUCUUGGUUGUCCAGAGAUAUUUCCCUAUUACAGCAAGCUCAAACAUGAGGCUAUUUGUAACUUCAGACCAUACAACUGCCCUUAUGCUGGGUCAGACUGCUCUAUUGUUGGGGAUAUUCCAUACCUUGUUGCUCAUUUAAGGGACGACCACAGGGUUGAUAUGCAUUCUGGAUGCACUUUUAACCAUCGUUAUGUCAAGUCUAAUCCCCUGGAAGUAGAAAAUGCUACAUGGAUGCUAACGGUUUUCCAUUGUUUUGGUCAGUAUUUUUGCCUCCAUUUCGAAGCCUUCCAGCUUGGUAUGGCUCCUGUGUACAUGGCAUUCCUCCGAUUCAUGGGUGAUGAAAGAGAGGCCAGGAACUACAACUACAACUUGAAGGUAGGAGGAAAUGGACGUAAACUAACUUUUGAGGGGAGUCCACGAAGCAUUAGAGAUAGCCAUAAGAAAGUAAGAGACAAUCAUGAUGGCCUCAUCAUAUACCGUAACAUGGCGCUUUUCUUCUCAGGAGGGGACAGGAAAGGGUUGAAGCUAAGAGUAACAGGAAGGAUAUGGAAAGAACAGAAAAACCCUGAAGCUGGAGUGUGCAUACCCAACCUGUUUAGCUAGGUUGAUUGCAUCUCUUGAAUACUUUUUCUUGCUGUAGAUAAUUUUGGGAAGAAUUAAUCUAUGCCUGGUGAAUGAUUAUGGAGGUUUCAACUUA